UGUGAAAAGGGACAUAGAAGACGGCUUCAGGAGAUCCAACCCACUGAGUGGCCUCGACGAGUCCUCCCCUCUAGUCUCCUGCUAAAUUCUAGGGUUACUGUUCUGUGCCUCUCCCAUCGCCUGAUUCAACCAAUUUCAGGUGAGAAAUAAGUCGUUUCUUCAUCAUCUUCCUUCAUUCAAAGACAUGAAAUUAUAUAGACGCAUUUGCAUAAUUUCUGAAGAAAUAGCAGAAGUUGUUCAUGAGCUCACUCAAUGGCUGUAAAGCUCUCAUCUUUGACAUAUUCCAAGAAAAUCCCCAACUGGGUUUAUUUUCGUGCAUAUGUUUCUUCAGUGUCUCGUGCAAAUAAGGUCCAAAUUAUCCCAGAAAACGACCAGAACCUGCCAAAUACCUCUGAAUUUGAAGAAAAGAUUCAGUUUUUGAGGAACCAGCUUCACCCGACUAGCUUAAUUAGGGUUUUGGACUCAACCCACGAUUUAAGCUCUUCAUUGAAGCUGUUCAAAUGGGUUUCCCUCCAAAAAAGGUUUCGGCACACUGCCGGGACCUAUUAUCAGAUGAUAUUGAAGUUGGGUAUGGCAGGAAAUGUGGAGGAAAUGGAGGGUUUUUGCAAUGAGAUGGUGAGGGAGAGAUGUCCUGGUACGGAGGAAGCAUUUGCGGCAUUGAUUGAUUCGUUUGUUAGACACGGUAGGCUCAAUGAAGCUUCACGGGUUCUUGUGGCCAUGAAUUUGGGUGGUUAUAAGCCAACAAUUGGUUUAUUUAAUGUUUUGUUGGGUGCAAUGGUGGGGGAGAAGAGAGGUUUUCAAGAUGUCUUGUUUGUUUACAAGGAGAUGGUGAAAGCAGGUAUUGUUCUCACCACAGAGACUUUGAACUAUCUGAUUGAGGCUUUGUUUGACGAUGAUCGGAUUGGGACUGCUUUGGACCAAUACAGAAGGAUGAACAAGAAAGGGUGUAGUCCUAAUAGCAGGACCUUUGAGAUACUCAUCAGCCGGCUUGCUGUAAGAAAUCUAGUGGAUGAAUCAAUUGUUGUUCUGGAUGAGGUGGUUGGGCUUAAGUUUGAACCAAGUUUGAGUUUUUAUAGCAGUAUUGUACCCAUAUUUUGUUGGUUGAAUAACCUAGAGGUAGUAAUGAGGCUUUUCAAAAUGAUGAAAGCUUCCAAUAUUUCACCAGAUUCUCAACUGUAUGAGGUUUUGAUUCAGUGUUUGUGCGACAACCAUCGAUUAAAUGAUGCAAUAAACCUUGUGGAAGAGAUGAAAGCUAUUGAUUUAACACCAUCUGAUGAUAUUUUGGCAGAUAUAGUCAAUUGCUUUUGUACAUUAGGCAAAGCUGACGAGGCUACACAAUUUUUGGAGAAUAAACAUGUUGUGGGGAGUCAUCCUCACAAUGUGUUGCUUGGAGGUUAUUGUAGUGCUGGUAACUUAUUCGCAGCAGAAGUUUUAUUUUUCGACAUGUUACAGAGGAAUAUAGCUGAUACGGUUUCUUGGAAUGUACUCAUCAGAUGGGUUUCUGAGAAUGUGGGUAUUAAUAAUGCUUUAGAAUUUCUGAGUAGAAUGAUUGUUUCCUCAUAUGUCCCCGACUAUGCCACAUACUCUGCCAUUGUUGUUGGUAAGUGUAGACUUUCCAAAUACAAGGAUGCACUAGAGCUAUUUCAUCAGAUUCGUGCAAAAUCUUGGGUUUUGGAUUCCACCUCUUAUGGUGAGCUAGUUGAAUGCCUGUGUCAGAGUCAAAUGAUCCAAGAGGCCGAUGAAGUGUUUUGCUAUAUGUCUGAUAAAAAAUGCACCCUCCAGUUGUCCUCAUUCACCUCGUUGAUCAAGGGACUUUGUGUAACUGGAAAUGUUCAUAGAGCAAUCAGUUUGUUAUCAUUAGCUUAUUGUUUGGGUACUUCUUGUUCUACUGCAACUUACAAUGCUAUAAUGUUAGGCUUAUCAAAGUUAGGGAAGGAAGAUGACCUCAUGGUAGUUCUGUCUAGAAUGUUGGUGGAGGGUCAUGCUCCUGAUGGGGAAACGUACGGUCUGCUCAUAGAAAGCAUGAUUGCUCUUGGUCGCAUAGAUGAUUGUGUUUUGUUUUUUAAUCUAAUGGCAAGUCAGGGGCUAUCACCUGAUUCGGAAAUGCUAACUUAUCUACUAUCAUGCUUGGCCAAGCGGUCUCAGCUGCAUAUGAUUUUGCUUGCACUCGAUAAGCUUAUCAUAAAUCAUGCACUACUUAGUUCGGCAAUGUGCAACGUACUGACUAAUGGUCUUUGGAAAGAGGGAUACAAAAGUGAGGCUUGUCGAAUGUUAGAUAUGAUGUUGGAGAAGGGUUGGGUUCCGGAUGCGUCUACUCAUGGACUGCUGAUGCGGUCUGUUGUUAGAGAGGAAGGAGAGUGCAAGUUAGAUAAUGAUAACCCAGAUAAGAUUAGCAACAUACUUGCAGAUGGAUUAGGCAAGACUUAAAUUGGAUUGACUUCCUCAAACUUUCAGGAUCAACCAAAUUUUCAGUGCCGGGUUUGGACCGACAAGUGAUAUUUCCUUUACAUGGUGGUUGUUCUUAUCACACUCUCCAGUCCUGGACGGUUUUCAGAUCCCAGUAGGUUCAGUCCUCCAGGGCCAGAGAUUGUUGACAUGCCCGGUACAGGGCGGAGACACAAUUUUCUACUGCAAAAGGUUCUACCCAACAUGCAAGAGUGGAAGAUGAAACUUCUUUCACAAGCCAGAAGAGAGCUCCUGAUUAAAGCAGUUGUCAAUCUGUAAUUGCCGAUGGGCAUCUGCUUCCCUUCAGCUGAUUUUAUAGUAGCAAGCAGGGGUAGACAGGUUUCUUGGGUUUCGUCGUGCUUGAUUCAGGGAAGGGAUUUCCCGGAAUAAGACUUACCUUGGCAAGUCAGAGUAUUGACUUUUGAACUUGUAAACAAGUGAUCUUAUUGAGAGAAAAUGGUCUUCAAGAUGUCUUUUUUCUAUGUUUUCUGGAGAAUGAGUGCUUUCCUGUUUUCCACAAUAAUGUCUCAAAAAAAUUCCCAAUUCGUCAACCAAAUUAGUUUUCUAAACAUUGUUUUGAGCCAAAUUUUGAAAAUUGUAACCAAAUAGGCAGAUAGUUUCUCCAUCCCUAUUUCUGUUGCUGACAGAGAUGAUCAGUUAGAUUGGCAUUUUGAUUGUGGAGCUGUAUACUUGCUUAAAUCUGACUACCUACAAGCUCUUGACAUGCCGAAUGCUAAGUCCUCCUCGGCUCCUCCUCCUUGCAGUCUCCGCUGCAGCUAUGGAAACACUUUUGGCAGCAGAGCAUGUCUAAAGCUCUUAGCCGCCAAAGACGAUCUUGAGCAAAAGGAAGCAGUCUUCACCAACACAUGCCCGAUUUCUGGUAACUUUGAAGAGUCGGUUAAGCGCUUCUUGUUUCACUGGGAAUGGAUAAAGGCAGGGUGGUUUGAAAGCUCCAUGAAGUAUAAGGUGCAAGGACGCUCUAUUCAUUCUACCAUGGCGCAAAACUUCAUCUUUUAUGCAAUCUUUUCAAAAUGACAAGGAUAGAAGCAUUCUCUUUCCACUACUUACAUGGCUUCUAAAGUCUCAGUCUGGUAACACCAGGUAGAGAGUCUUGGGUUCAUCAUGUUCGGCUCCUAUCUAAUACGUAGGAUACUGGGUAGAUGGCAAUGCCCUUGCUGUGGCUGCUUCAAAGUGAAUUGUGAUGUACCAGUAAAAAAAUGAUGGAUUUUCGGCCCCUAUUGAAACUGUUCAUCAACACAAGUGCUUGCUAGAUUGAUGGUACCGUUCAAAUAAUUCCCGUUGGCAUCAAGCUUUUGGCUUCUGAUGCUUAUGCAACUUUCUCCUUCGGUUGGUGUGGCAGAGAUAUUGAAUUCGAGUUUCUUAUUGGAUAUCUAUUUCUUAUUUUAAUGGUUUUCUUGCCCAUGAUUGGGUUGUCCUGAGUUUUUUACAUUCAAGUGUUUAAUGCCUAUUUUGUUCUCAGCUCAAGAAACUAGCUGGUUUGAGAAGGUUUGGUCAGAAAAGCCUUGAUCUUAACCUCUGUUACCUCUCCAUCAGCAAAUCCUUGUUUGGGUACCUGAGCUGAAUUUUAGUAAUCCUGGAUUUUCUCUCUGUUGAUAUGGUUGUCUCGACUCUCGACGCUCAACCACCUUUUCUCCCCUUCUUUCGAGAGUUGCAAUCACCUUUUGUGCGUCCACUAUGUUACAUGCUUAAGCAGAUGAAACACGGGUGCAACCGUCACCAGACUUGCAGCCAGAAGAAGUGGUCAUUCUAUUGGUGCAGGGGUUGCUCCCACAAUGCUCCCAACACUAGCAUUUCUGGUGCUCUACGUUCAGAUCAUCUGCACUCGGUAUUCCUGUUGAACUACAGCAGCUACAAAGACAUGCUGCCAGGGCAUGGAUAUGGGUGGCCACACUGAUUGCUGCAAACACCGCUACUUCCCCUCACGCCUGUAGUUGUAUCCUCACCUGCUUUGCGGUGUAGUUCACUAGACUGCUUGGGCUCAACUCGUGUCCAUUUGGAUAAGAAUUCGUCCAAGAUCAACUCGUGUUGUAAAACAAAAAAAGCAUGAAUAUAUUCCAAGGAACAUAUAAUGUUUUGGGCUUGGUUUGAUCUCGGCAUGAUAAAGCUAAUACAACAUUAAAAACCAUGUUAAUCAAGCUAAUUGAGCUUGCCUCUUUGGUUGAUGUAAUUGAAUUGAUGUAAUUGAACGUUUUUGGCUUUAAGUCUCUAACAUUGAAAUAAUUGAAACCUGAACACAUUUUGAUA